UUGGUUGAAUUAUUGCAGACCUAUUUACAAUCAGCCUCUGGGCAUAUAGAAGAAAUGAGAGUGAAAAGACGUGACAUGCAGCAAUGGAUGGCACACAGACUACUUCCUGAGCAUAUCAAGGAACGAAUACUGCAUCACGAUCGAUAUAAAUGGCAGGAGACGCAAGGGGUUGAUGAAGAGGACCUUCUUACAAAACUUCCUAAGGAUCUCAGGAGAGAUGUAAAGCGUCAUCUUUGUCUAUCACUUCUCAUGAGGGUCCCAAUGUUUGAAAAGAUGGAUGACCAGCUCUUGGACGCCAUGUGUGAUCGUCUAAAGCCCAUGCUCUACACAGAAGGAAGCUGCAUCAUUCACGAAGGCGGCCCAGUGAAUGAGAUGUUCUUCCUCAUGAGAGGAACGCUUGAGAGCAUGACUACAGAUGGUGGGCGAAUGGGCUUCUUCAACUCCAAUGUUCUCAGAGGCGGCGACUUCUGCGGCGAGGAGCUCCUCACUUGGGCUCUGGAUCCCACAUCAGGCUCAAACCUUCCCAGCUCCACCAGGACAGUGAAGACGCUGUCGGAAGUCGAAGGUUUCUCCCUAAGGGCUGAUCACUUGAGGUUUGUGGCCACCCAGUACCGGAGGCUCCACAGCAAACAGCUCCGGCACACCUUCAGAUUUUACUCACAGCAGUGGAGGACCUGGGCUGCUUGCUUCAUACAGGCAGCUUGGCACAGGUACUGCAGGAAGAAGAUGGAGGAUAGUUUGUAUGAAAAGAAGAUGAGGUUCCAAGCGGCCAUUGUGAGUGACGGCUCUACUUCUUGCAGUCUUGGUGCAGCGCUCUAUGCCGCACAUUUCGCCUGUAACAUGGUGCGGAUCUUACGGAGAAGUGCCGCCAGAAAGGUCCGUUUGCUUGGAAAGGUGCCUUCAAGGCUGCUGCUGAAGCCAGCAGAACCCAACUUUUUCACUGAAGAAGAGUGAUCUUUUCCGUGCGCUGUUGUUAAACAACGUUCAUC